CUUCAUCCUGCAGUUUCUGACAUGGUAACGAGCAUAAAUAGUCGGUCAGUGACCCUAACUCCCAACGCCCACUUUCCACCCGUAAUAUCCAAAACCAACAGUAUUGGCGUUUCCCCCCCACCAGAACCCCACUCGAGCUACUUUACCUAUGCUUACUACCCGACAGAACCUUUGCUCAACCUCCACUUGCCACCUUCCACAGCUAGCCGAACUCUGGUCAUCCAUUUUCUCUCACUACCUCGGCAAUCCCCGGGAGGAUGAAAAUUACAUCCAAAACAUCCUGCUUCUCUCCUCAAUCUGCAGCCACUGGCGCAAUAUCACCCUCUCCACACCCAUAUUCUGGAAUCACAUCAACUACGCACCCUCCAUUUCCUUCCGUCCUAGACAUCUCCAGAACCACUCGGAUAGAAUUCGAACGUGGUUAAAGCGUUCGGGAGAACACUGUCCGCUGUCGAUAUCGUUGACGCUGGUUUCACGAUCUGUUCCGGGGUGUGAUCUGGCGUUGAGAGAGAUUAUUUCGGAGUCGUGGAGGUGGGAGAGUCUUUGCGUGAAAGCGGAUUGUGUUCGUACGGUGUGGAAAUGCCUUUUGCCUACUCUCUCCUAUGGUGGGGGUGGGGGUGGUGGGCUUCGGUGUUUGAGAAAGGUGGAAGUCAAUAUUGGGCCGGUUUUUGGAGAUAAUGAGGACAUUGUAUCAUUCAUCUCUUUAUUUAAGGAUGCCACGUCGCUUUAUUCAUUCCAUCUGCGGAAUGUUGACAGUACGAUAUUCCCCCCUCUUGCAGAUCUAGGGCCGCUGUCGCAGCUUAGAUCUGUGAGUUUGCAUACUUUGUAUUCGGCGGAAGAAGUGUUUCGGGUGUUGGGUCAUUUACCAAAUGUUGAAGAGUUGAGGGUGGCGCUGGAUAUUGGACCUUUUUCUUCUCGGACUUCCCCCGAAUCCCCUAUCGUCCAUCACCCAGAACUGAGACAUCUUUCACUUGAUGUAGCAGUUCGAGGCGACCCACUCAUCAUUUCUCACCUCCGGGACCAGGUAUCCACCGUUCUCGAUACCCUCUUCCUCCCUUCAUUCCAAACAUUUUCUUUCACGUGUGCUGAAUCGCAUCUCCCAUAUUGGGAUUCGGUGGAUGGGUUUUUGAGGAAACAUCGUGAUACGAUGUGUGGGUUUAGGUUUGUGGAGAAGCGGGCGGAUUCGGAAGUGUGGAAGCUGGGGUUGAUGACGGAGUCGCAUACUCCAAAUGGUGGUUCGGCUUCGGCGCAGUUGCCAGUGGUAGUACGAUCCCUUUCUACGGUUUCGGGUCUUCGGCUUCUUGAGAUGGAGAUGGGACGAAGGAUGUCGAUGAUUUCGGAUGUCUGA